CCGGAUGUUGAUAUUUUAUAAAUAGCGUCCUAAACAACCGACAGCCCACGCUUUUAAAAAAUGGAAGAAGACUGUAAAUAUACCUCGUUUGAUGUGGAAAUGGGAUCUCCCAGUCGUAAAUCUGAACCUCCUCAAAGAUUAACAAAAUAUCAACGCCGUCACACCACACAAGAAGAAAUAAAGGCCAAACAAAUUGCUGCAGAGGAGAGACGAAAGGUCUAUGAACAUGAAAAGCUGAUGAGAAUCCAAGAAAGGAGUGAAGAAUGUUCCAAGAUUAAUUCUAAAGUGAGUCACUUGUUGGCUCUUGAUGCCAAAAGACGAGGCCUGCCUGGUACAAGUCAAGUAAAACCUAUCUCCACAAGAGAGGCCGUGCAGUCCAUUAAAUCACUCAGUAAAGACUUCUCCAGAAUAACACAAGGCUUCAAUGUCAACGAAAUGCAAUCAUAAUUCACCUUGCCAAACAAAGAGGCCUUCCUAUUGGGAAAAGUGUAUAUGAUAUACUUCAAAAUAACAUAACAAGUAGUUCUUCAAUAAGAAUUACUGAAGUCAAUCAAUACACUAUCAAUAUGAAUUUUAUUUUCCAAGUGUAAUACCAACAUCACUGGAAUAGCGAGAAAUAUUUUCUAAGUAGAAAAAGGUGGACAAGCUGUUACUUGCGAAGUGUUUACACUCAGUUACAAUCACGAAAACAUGUUACUUCAAUAAUUUAUUUCAGUUCUUUCUUUGUUUAUACAAAUAAAAACUUUUCAAUAAAUCUU